CGGCGGAGCUCGUAGAGCCGAACGGGCUUCACCAUGAUGGCGGCCGAGGCCGGCGGGGAGGACGGCGGCGGCGGCGGCGGCGCGGCCAGCGCGGUCCCCGGAGCCUACCCGGCGGCCUGCCGCGCCAGGCUGCCCGCGGCCGUGCCCCUGGCCCCCGCCGCCGACCCCGGGAUGGCCGAGGGCGACGUACCGGGCGCCGCCGCCGGUGGGGGCCUGCCGCUGUCCGCCGAACCCCCGGGCCCGGGCGGCGCGCUGCCCCCUCUGCCGCCGCCGCCGCCGCCCCCGCCGGGCGCCGUGGACGAAGGGGACUCGAUGGACGGACCCGAGUUCGAGGAGGAAGAGGUGGCCAUCCCGCUGACCGCGCCCCCGACCAACCAGUGGUAUCAUGGAAAACUUGAUAGAACUAUAGCCGAAGAGCGCCUCAGGCAGGCUGGGAAGUCUGGCAGCUACCUUAUAAGGGAGAGUGAUCGGAGGCCUGGGUCCUUUGUACUUUCAUUUCUUAGCCAGACAAAUGUUGUCAACCAUUUUAGGAUUAUUGCGAUGUGUGGUGAUUACUACAUCGGUGGAAGGCGCUUUUCUUCACUGUCAGACCUAAUAGGCUAUUAUAGUCACGUGUCUUGUUUGCUUAAAGGAGAAAAAUUACUCUAUCCAGUUGCACCACCAGAGCCAGUAGAAGAUAGAAGGCGUGUACGAGCUAUCCUGCCAUACACAAAAGUACCAGACACUGAUGAAAUAAGUUUCUUAAAAGGAGAUAUGUUUAUUGUUCAUAAUGAAUUAGAAGAUGGAUGGAUGUGGGUCACAAAUCUAAGAACAGAUGAACAAGGCCUUAUUGUUGAAGACCUAGUAGAAGAGGUGGGCCGGGAAGAAGAUCCACAUGAAGGCAAAAUAUGGUUCCAUGGGAAGAUUUCCAAACAAGAAGCUUAUAAUUUAUUAAUGACAGUUGGCCAAGUCUGCAGUUUUCUUGUGAGGCCCUCAGAUAAUACUCCUGGUGAUUAUUCUCUUUAUUUUCGGACCAAUGAAAAUAUUCAACGAUUUAAAAUAUGUCCAACACCAAACAAUCAGUUUAUGAUGGGAGGCCGAUACUAUAACAGUAUUGGGGACAUCAUAGAGCACUAUCGAAAAGAACAGAUUGUUGAAGGGUAUUAUCUUAAGGAACCUGUACCUCUGCAGGAUCAAGAACAAGUACUCAAUGAUACUGUGGAUGGCAAGGAAAUCUAUAAUACAAUUCGCCGUAAAACAAAGGAUGCCUUUUAUAAAAAUAUUGUUAAGAAAGGUUACCUUCUGAAGAAGGGCAAAGGAAAACGUUGGAAAAAUUUGUAUUUUAUCUUAGAGGGCAGUGAUGCCCAACUUAUUUAUUUUGAAAGUGAAAAACGAGCUACAAAACCAAAAGGAUUAAUAGAUCUCAGUGUAUGUUCUGUCUAUGUUGUUCAUGAUAGUCUCUUUGGCAGGCCAAACUGUUUCCAGAUAGUAGUUCAGCACUUUAGUGAAGAACAUUACAUCUUUUACUUUGCAGGAGAAACUCCAGAGCAAGCAGAGGAUUGGAUGAAAGGUCUUCAAGCAUUUUGCAGCUUAAGGAAAAGCAGUCCAGGGACAUCCAACAAACGCCUUCGUCAGGUCAGCAGCCUUGUUUUACAUAUUGAAGAAGCCCACAAACUCCCAGUAAAACAUUUCACUAAUCCAUAUUGUAAUAUCUACCUGAAUAGCGUCCAAGUAGCAAAAACUCAUGCAAGAGAAGGGCAGAACCCAGUAUGGUCAGAAGAGUUUGUCUUUGAUGAUCUUCCUCCUGACAUCAAUAGAUUUGAAAUCACGCUUAGUAAUAAAACAAAGAAAAGCAAAGACCCUGAUAUCUUAUUUAUGCGUUGCCAGUUGAGCCGGCUACAAAAAGGGCAUGCCACAGAUGAAUGGUUUCUGCUCAGCUCCCACAUACCAUUAAAAGGUAUUGAACCAGGAUCCCUGCGGGUUCGAGCACGAUAUUCUAUGGAAAAAAUAAUGCCAGAAGAAGAGUACAGUGAAUUUAAAGAGCUUAUACUGCAAAGGGAACUUCAUGUCGUCUACGCUUUAUCUCAUGUGUGUGGACAAGAUCGGACACUACUGGCCAGUAUUCUCCUGAGGAUUUUUCUUCAUGAGAAGCUUGAAUCCUUGUUGUUAUGUACACUGAAUGACAGAGAGAUAAACAUGGAAGAUGAAGCCACUACCCUGUUUCGAGCUACAACACUUGCAAGUACCUUGAUGGAGCAAUAUAUGAAAGCCACUGCUACGCAGUUUGUUCACCAUGCUUUAAAAGACUCCAUUUUAAAGAUAAUGGAAAGCAAACAGUCUUGUGAGUUAAGUCCAUCAAAGUUAGAAAAAAAUGAUGAUGUGAACACUAAUUUAGCACACCUAUUGAACAUACUUUCAGAGCUUGUGGAGAAAAUAUUCAUGGCUUCAGAAAUACUCCCACCGACACUGAGAUAUAUUUAUGGCUGUUUACAGAAAUCUGUUCAGCAUAAGUGGCCUACAAAUACCACCAUGAGAACAAGAGUUGUUAGUGGCUUUGUUUUUCUACGGCUUAUCUGUCCUGCCAUCCUGAACCCACGGAUGUUUAAUAUCAUUUCAGACUCCCCAUCUCCUAUUGCUGCAAGAACACUGAUAUUAGUAGCUAAGUCUGUGCAGAAUUUAGCAAAUCUUGUGGAAUUUGGCGCUAAGGAGCCUUACAUGGAAGGUGUCAAUCCAUUCAUCAAAAGCAACAAACAUCGCAUGAUCAUGUUUUUAGAUGAACUUGGGAAUGUACCUGAACUUCCGGACACUACUGAACAUUCUAGAACUGACCUUUCCCGUGAUUUAGCAGCACUGCAUGAGAUUUGUGUGGCUCAUUCAGAUGAACUGAGAACACUCAGUAAUGAGCGUGGGGCACAACAGCAUGUACUGAAAAAACUUCUGGCUAUAACAGAACUGCUUCAGCAGAAACAAAACCAGUAUACGAAAACCAAUGAUGCCAGGUAGCAGCCUCGGCCCUGCUGCUCUGCGGGGACUCAGCAUGCCCACAUGGCAUUCACAUCAGUGUAACGUACCCUUUGCUCUUGCCAAAAAUAGCACACCUUUCCACAUUCCAGUGAGGUGUGAGCUAUGCAAACCAGCCCCAGGAUUCUGCUGACACAUGACUGCCAGCAGCUUUGUAAGCUAACCGUGCAGGAUAUUUGCACUUUCUGUAUGGAAUCUUUACCAAACUCUGAGCCUUGGUGUACAGAUGACCUUUCACACAAAAAAUGCUAUGACUGUAUCUUGAACGUUGAAAAUAUAUUUUCAAUAUAUCCAGUUGCCAAAGUUUUGCUGUCUCUUGGAAAAAGAAGUGUGAACUCAACUGACAAGAAAAAAAAACAUUCUCUAUGAACAACUGAGUUUAACUGGAUCACAGACUCUUCUUACUGUAACUUCUUCCUCAUUAGGAAUAUGACCAUUUGACUGUUCAAUGACUUUAUUUGUAUUUACAGUUUCCAGAACUUGACAUUAUAAUAUGAACAAUCUUUGCUGUAUACUUUUAAAAAAUCCUGUGCUGUUCUUUUUCUGGAACUUGAAAGACAAUAUAUAGAAUGGAUGAAUCUUGCUCAUCAGCUUUAUUUUUUCAACAUACCACUUAUUUUGUUGGAAUUGUCAAAGACUGUACUUAGAUCUCAUAGUGUUUUUGUUAAAUGUUUACAACAGUAAAUAGUUUGAGUUCAAUAAAUACUGGUCAUUGUACUGUU